UCUAUUCCACCAAGAUGCCGAUGAAGUGUGUUUUAGUUCCUUUGCUGCUACAACUGGCUUGUUACUUUAGCUCUGGGAAGUGUGGAAAGGUGCUGGUGUGGCCCACAGAAUACAGUCAUUGGAUGAACAUCAAGACAAUCCUAGAUGAGCUUGUCCAGAGAGGUCAUGAAGUGACUGUUCUGACAUCUUCAGCUUCCAUUCUCAUUGAUCCCAGCAAACCAUCUACUAUUAAAUUUGAGACUUACCCCACAUCAGUCACUAAAGAUGAAUUUGACCAUGUUUUCAUGGAAGUGAUUCAUACAUGGACCUACGAGAUGCCAAAAGAUGCAUUUUGGUCUUAUUUUUCAACUGUGGAAGAACUAAGUUGGAAAUUUCAUGCUGUGGUUUAUAAGCUCUGUAGAGAAGCAGUUCUGAACAAGAAUCUCAUGAUGAAGCUACAAGAAUCAAAGUUUGAUCUCGUUCUUUCAGAUCCUAUUUCUCCAUGUGCUGAACUCCUGGGAGAGCUGCUUAAUGUCCCUUUCAUGUACACUCUCCGCUUUACUCCAGGCUAUGCACUGGAGCGGCAUCAAGGAGGAAUGCCCCUUCCACCAGCCUAUGUGCCUGUUGUUUUAUCUGAACUAAGUGAUCAUAUGUCAUUCAUGCAGAGGGUCAAAAACAUGAUUUAUGUUCUUUAUUUUGACUUCUGGUUUCAAUUUAUGAAUGAGAAACUGUGGGAUCCCUUUUACAGUGAAGUCUUAGGCAGACCCACUACAUUACUUGAGACUAUGAAGAAAGCUGAAAUGUGGCUCAUUCGAACCUAUUGGGAUUUUGAAUUUCCUCGUCCUUUCUUGCCAAACUUUGAAUUUAUUGGAGGGCUCCACUGCAAACCUGCCAAACCCCUGCCGAAGGAAAUGGAACGGUUUGUUCAGAGCUCUGGAGAAAACGGCAUUGUGGUCUUUACUCUGGGAUCAAUGGUCAGAAACAUGUCAGAGGAGACUGCCAACAUGAUUGCAUCAGGCCUUGCACAGAUUCCACAAAAGGUUCUAUGGAGGUUUGAAGGCAAGAAACCGGACACGUUAGGAAAAAAUACUCGGCUGUAUAAGUGGCUUCCCCAGAAUGACCUUCUUGGUCAUCCAAAAACCAAAGCUUUUAUAACUCAUGGUGGGGCUAAUGGAAUUUAUGAAGCCAUCUACCAUGGGGUCCCUAUGGUGGGCAUUCCUCUGUUUGCUGAUCAACCUGACAACAUCGCUCAUAUGAAGGCAAAGGGAGCAGCUGUGGGUUUGAACUUGGACACCAUGUCAAGCAAAGACUUGCUCAGUGCACUGAAGACAGUAAUUAAUGACCCUUCGUAUAAAGAGAAUGCUAUGAAGUUAUCAAGGAUUCACCAUGAUCAGCCAGUGAAGCCUCUAGACCGAGCAGUCUUCUGGAUCGAGUUUGUCAUGCGCCACAAAGGAGCCAAGCACUUGAGGCCAGCUGUCCAUGACCUCACCUGGGUCCAGUACCACUCUUUGGAUGUCCUUGGAUUCCUGCUGGCCUGUGUGACAGCUACUGUAUAUAUCAUCACAGCAAGCUGUCUGUUUUGUUUCCGGAAGUGUACUAAGUCAGGGAAGAGGGAAAAAAGAGAUUAGCUGCAUCUGAAACCUGGAUCUGGUGUUUUCAUAGAUGGGACUCCUCCACUUUAUUCCUGCUAAAAGAUGUGAAGAAAGGCUACUACCUAUUGUGAUAAAAUGAAUAUUUGCACUGUCAAAAGCCAGUGCUGAGUAGUGCUGUGAUUAAAAAGAAAGAAAGAGAGAGAGAGAGACAUAGAGAGAGAGAGAAGUAGAAAAAUUUAAACAACUGCAUAUUAACUCCUUUUUACUUGUUUCCAAUAAGCAAUAUUGAGGAGCUGCUUCCAAGCUAAUCCCUGCUCCCUCACAUUAUUUGCCUUCAUAUCUAUAGAUUACACCAGCACUUACUGUCAUAGUGUUAGACUUCCUGAGUUUUGACAAUUCAUGGUGACAUGUAUUCACCAUUAUUUUGUAGUAAUAGUUUCACUGCCAGCUCACCACACAUCCACUCUGAUGUACUCUUUGAAUCCUUAAAAGACCAUAUUUAAAAUUGUAUUAACUGUCUUGAUCAAAGCAGUUGUGUAGACUAUGGAGUUGAAUAUUUCUAGCUCAAUUAAGUAUGGUGCAUUGAGUAACUGUUCUCAUCUCUUUCUCCUCAAUUUCCUUAUUUAAUUUCAGAUACUUUGUCACAUUACUUGAAGAAUUUUUGUUCCAUGGAGAGAUACUAUCACUAUUUUAGACUCAGGAAUCUAUACUUUAAGCUCUUCAAUAAUAGCGCAUCUUUGCCCAGUGCAUAAAGAUCACCUCCUAAGACCUGAAAUAUCAUUUAAAAGAUACAAGUCAUUAUCUUAUAUUUUUAAAACAAUGUAUCCAUUUAAUAUGCCAUGAGCCAAAUUAAAUGUAAUGAUUUAUAUAUCCAUACUUUGUGAAAAAUAUCUGGUUAUCAUACAAAUACUUCAUAAGAAAAGGCCCUUCAAAUCUGA